GUGGCGUCCAGGAGUCAAGAGUGAUGGAUGAGGCUUUGGAGUUGAAUAGCAUAUGUGAUUCCAGGUCCCUAGAACUGAGGACGGGAGGUAUCCUGGCAGGGCUACAAUACUAAAGCAGUUGUAUGGGACAAGAGCCUUCUCCGGGCCUGGCGGUGGUGGUACACAUCUUUGAUGCCAGCACUUGAGAGGCAGAGGUGGAGGCAGACAGAUCUCUGAGUUCAAAGCCAGCCUGGUCUACAAAGUGGGUUCCAGAAUGGCCAAGGCUACACUGUCUCAAAAAAGUCUCCAAUCCUAGCACUCUAGGAGGCAGAGGUAGACUGACCUCAGUAAGUUCAAGGCCGUCCUGGUCUACAGAGCAAGUCCCAGGACAGCUAGGACUGUAGAUACAGAGAAACCCUGUCUUGAGAAACAAACAGUCUUCUCCAGGAAAAAAGAGAGGUAGUGCUGGCGCUGAGCCCUGGAACUAAUGUCCUUUAUGAGGUGGCCCUGAGAAUUGGCACCAAGUUCUGUCCUGCUGGGGGAGGGGCAGGCAGAAGCCACAGUAGGGACUGUAUACAGAUGGUUCUCGCCAUGCUGGGGGCUCUGUACCCCAGGGCUGGGCUCAGUCUCUUCCUUUUUUACCUCAUCCUGGCAGGCGCACUCCUUCGACCUCAGCCCCAGAGGUCUCAGCGAUCUGUUCCUGAGGAAUUUUCAUCCCCGCUGGAACUCCUGCAGCCGCUUUCAGACCUAGUGGAUGACUAUGGGAUCAGACCCAAGCACCCGUGGCCACGAGGGCCCCGACCCCUUCUCUCUCAGGCCCAGCAGCGCAAGCGGGAUGGGCCCAACAUGGCUGACUAUUACUAUGACGUGAACCUGUGAUGGG